AUGACUAUCAUUGUCAGCAUCGCAGCUGAACGGUUUGGCGAGGAGGAGAAGAAAAGCUCCGGAACAUCUUACUCAAAGAAUCAAAGAGCUGUAAGGAUCCACAACAUCAGGCAGGAGAUGAAAGCGCUGAAAUCCCAGUACAAGGCAGCAGGACAAAAGGAACGCAUUGGCCUGGCCCAGCUAAUGUGCAUCCUUCGGAAAAACAUCAGAGUUCUCCGCCGGGCUGAGUGGCAUCGGAGGCGGCGGCGCGAGAGGGCACUUAAACGUGCUGCUUUCAUCGCUAACCCCUUCAAGUUCACUAAGGAUUUGCUGGGGCAGAAGCGCAGUGGCAAACUGGCCUCCUCGCAGGAAGACAUAGACCAACAUCUGAAGCAGACGUACAGCGACCCCGCAAGAGAGCAGGAGUUGGGAGAGUGUAACAACCUCAUAGAACCCCCUGAACCAGAAGUGCAGUUCGACCCGUCAGAGCUGCAGCUAAAGGAAGUCAGGGAGGUUGUCCGCAAAGCAAGGGCAAGCUCUGCACCAGGACCGAGUGGCACUUCAUACAAAGUGUAUAAGAACUGUCCCAAACUCCUGCUGCGUCUGUGGAAAAUCCUGCAAGUCUUCUGGAGAAGAGGGAGGAUCCCUGAACAAUGGAGAGUGGCUGAAGGGGUAUGGAUCCCGAAGGAGGAAAACUCCACUCAGCUAGACCAGUUCCGCAUCAUCUCCCUGCUGUGUGUUGAGGCAAAGGUUUUCUUCAGUGCUGUUUCCAAACGGCUGUGUACCUACCUGGCAAAGAACACCUAUAUCGAUACAUCUGUCCAGAAAGGCGGCAUUCCAGGAAUGUCAGGAUGUCUGGAGCAUACUGGUGUGGUGACACAGCUCAUUCGGGAGGCCAGAGAGAACAAGGGCAACCUGUCAGUGUUGUGGCUUGACCUGGCAAAUGCAUUCGGUUCCAUUCCACACAAGCUGGUUCAGCUCACCUUGAGAAAACAUCAUGUACCCAGCAGGUGUAGAGACCUCAUCGCUGAUUAUUACAGCAAUUUCAGGAUGAGGGUCUCUUCAGGAGCAAUAACAUCCAGUUGGCACAAGGUGGAGAUCGUCAAGAGCCUGGGCAAGGUUUUUGACUGCUCUCUGAGAGACACAACAUCUAUCCAGUCGACCUGCACUGAGUUGGAUGGCUGGCUGAAAUCCGUGGACAAGUCAGGCCUACCUGGGAAGUUUAAAGCCUGGGUCUACCAACAUGGCAUUCUUCCCAGGAUCCUGUGGCCCCUCCUUGUCUACGCGGUCCCUAUCUCAACAGUUGAGAUCUUGGAGAGGAAAGUCAGCAAACACCUCCGGAGAUGGCUUGGAUUACCAAGGAGCCUGAGCAGCAUUGCACUCUACGGGAAGACCAACAAACUGCGACUGCCUUUCAAAUCCUUGGAGGAGGAAUUCAAGGUAACUAGAGCCAGAGAAGUGGUUCAGUACAGGGACUCAAGUGAUCCGAAGGUGGCUAACGCAGGGAUCCAAGUGAGGACUGGCAGGAAAUGGAGGGCAGAGGAAGCGGUUCAAGACGCAGAUGCAAGGCUGUCUCACAGGAGCCUGGUGGGAGUGGUCACACGAGGUCGAGCAGGGCUAGGAUCCUUUCCAACUCCCCAAAUGAACACCAGGGGGAAGGAAGGGCGACGACUUGUUCAGGAGGAGGUGAGAGCAGCAGUGGAGGAGACGAGAACCUGCAAGGCAGUGGGAAUGAAGCAACAGGGAGCUUGGAUGAGGUGGGAGAAUGCGAUUGAAAGGAAAGUGACCUGGGCUGAGCUUCGGAAAGCCGAGCCUCACCGCAUUAAAUUCCUCAUCCAGGCAGUGUAUGACGUGCUUCCAAGCCCGUCAAAUCUGCACAUAUGGGGCAUAGCAGAGACACCAGCAUGCCCACUGUGUUCCAAGCGAGGAACCCUGGAACACAUCCUCAGUUGCUGUACAAGGGCACUUGGAGAUGGUCGGUACAGGUGGAGGCAUGACCAAGUCCUCAAGACCAUUGCUGAAGCCAUCAGCGCAGGACUGGCGUGGGCAAAGCAGUUCCGACCCUCCAAGAAAACCAUCACCUUUGUCAGAGCUGGGGACAAGCCAACUCCUGCCAGAAGAACAUCAUCUGCAGGCAUCCUGACGUCUGCAAGAGACUGGCAGUUGUUGGUGGACCUUGAACAUCAGCUGAAGUUCCUCAGCCAUAUUGCAGUCACCACCCUGCGACCAGACAUUGUCCUUGUGUCUGAGUCCACCAAGAAAGCAGUGCUGCUGGAGCUGACAGUCCCGUGGGAAGAUCGCUUGGAAGAAGCCUUUGAGAGGAAGCUCUCCAAGUACGCAGGACUGGUCAGUGACUGCCAGCAGGCUGGCUGGAGAGCAAGGUGUUUCCCUGUGGAGGUUGGAUGCAGAGGAUUUGCAGCCCGUUCCUUGGCCAGAGCCUUCAGCAGUUUAGACAUCGAGGGUGAGAGAAAGAGGAGAGCCAUCCGCAGUACCACCGAUGCGGCAGAGAGAGCCUCAAGAUGGCUGUGGCUCAAAAGAGGGGAGCCAUGGAGUCAUGGUAGCUAGCUAGCCAUCU